AUAUAGGGAUCACAAUAAUCGGUAGAAUCAGCGAUUACGUCCGUCAAUUAUCCCUUUACUUCAUUAUUUCGAAUGUUUGCGUUGUAUAUUACGGCUACGGCAAAUAAAGUGUCAUACUCAAAUCAAAACAACCUGUUUUAUAAUAACAUUAGUCUGGCGGCUUGCCAAUUAAUCUCCCGAAAUAGUGGGCGUGCGGGGGCAGGCGCUCACGUACUACUACUCGCGUCAGUGCCGCUGGAAUACUCCAGUUUCGUAAUUUAUAUGAGAUCGCAAUCAUGGAGCGGCAGAACACGGCGUACUCGAGUUUUCAUGGCUCCAUGCGCAGCAGAGACUCGUCGUCCACCACCGGCAGCGACGCCAGGGAGAAAAUAAAGGAUUGCUUAAGGAAAUUCAUAGCAUUCAUGUUUACACAAGUGGGAGUCGGUGCGCUAGUCGUGUGUUACGCGAUGCUCGGCGCCGCGAGCUUCAUCCACAUCGAGAAGAACAGCCCCGACCAGCAGCUCGAGGACGUGCGCCAGUGGCGGCUCAACACGACGCAACAACUCUGGACGAUAGUACAGAAAAACAACAUAUUUGAUGAAGCCGCCUUCAAAACUGGAGCAGACGAAAUCCUAAGAGUAUACCAGAAUAAUAUAUCACAAGCCAUACAUAAAGGCUACAGUGGACACUCGCCUGAAGAUAUCUGGUCAUUCCCAGCUGCUCUAAUGUACAGUUUAUCUGUGUUCACUAUGAUUGGAUAUGGCAAUAUUGUACCCAAAACGGUUUGGGGCAAAAUUCUAACUAUUGCGUAUGCCUUUUUCGGUAUACCGAUUUAUAUUUUAUACUUCUGUAACAUGGGUAAGGUGUUGGCGAAAACCUUUAAAUGGUUGUAUAUAACAGCUCACGAGUGCAGCAGACGUGAAGACCCAAUGUUUGAAGAUGGAGAGCCGAUAAAGAGAAAGAUCACAGUUCCGUCCACUGCUUGCCUAUGGGUUAUAUCAUUUUACAUCCUGUCAGGCACUAUUAUGUUCGGGGCUUGGGAGAAAUGGAACUAUCUCGAUUCUACAUACUUCUGUGUUAUAAGCUUGUGUAAAAUUGGUUUUGGAGAUUUUGUUCCCGGAGCCAACAUAGCUGAUUCAGCGGGAGGCUCUCAUGUGAAACUCGUUAUAAACUUCGUUUAUGUGCUGCUGGGUAUGGGCCUAGUGGCCAUGUGCUACAACCUGAUGUGUGAAGAUGUGAGGUUUAAGGUCCGAGAGCUCCGAGAGGAUCUCAAAAACUGUUUGGACGACAUCACUUUGAAGAUAACAGUGUGCAUGAAUGAUACUAAAUAUUAUCACCAGAAAGCUAAUAGACAAGUGAAGUGAAAGAAAGUUUCUAGUCUAUAGAGUAGUGCCGUUCCUGGUAACAUUCCCCAUUUCGUAUGGGGAGUGUUACCGAGCGAGAAAUUUCCCCAUACAAAAUGGGGAAUGUUACCGAGCGAGAAAUUUCCCCAUACAAAAUGGGGAAUGUUACCGAGCGAGAAAUUUCCCCAUACAAAAUGGGAAAUGUUACCGAGCGAGAAAUUUCCCCAUACAAAAUGGGAAAUGUUACCGGGAACGGCACAACUCUAUUUUAGUCCAAUGUUCCAAAAUGAAUGAUUGAGAAAUAAAUGAAUGAAUGACUGAACUUUUGUAUGUUCAAUCAAGGGCAUAAAUAUAUAUACAUUCCCAAAGUUUCAAAAAUAUGUGUACGCUUUUACACCUUAGACAAUAAAGUCGUGUACACAUAUUUUUGAGCCGUUUGUCUGUAUUGAUAUUUUUGCCUUCGACUGUUCAAUCUAAAUUGGAUGUGUCAGAUGUGUGGAAUCGAGUUUUGGAGUAUACUAGC